UCUCGCUGGUUGGAAGCGAGAGUUGUGUGACUGAUUGACAGGUUGGGCUGCAGACGCAGGAAUGUCCAGCGCUCGUUAACUUGGAGCAGUGAUAAAGCGCCAGGGAGACGUGGUUAAUCCUGCUGGAUGAUCCAGAACGAAACGUACAAGAAGCUGUUCCAAUGAGCUAUCCUAUGCAGACGGAAAAUUGAUGUAGAACUAAAAAGAUGAUUGGUUCUACCUCCUGCAUUUACCAUGUAUUUGUUUUGGCCGUUGCCUCAUUUUUGAUUCCAGCUGAUGCAAAUGGUUUCAGAGGGAAUGACAUAUUGUAUGGAAGAAUAGGAACAGAUAUUACCUUGAUGUGCAAUGCUGCAAAUGGCAGGAUUGUUCAGUGGAACGUUAAUGGGAGCCUAGUGGUCCAAACAAACAGUACCAAAGUACAAAAUGGAAACCUCCUUCUGUUAAUGGCAAGCUUGCCUGUGGAAGGAAACUACAGUUGUCACGGCGAAGCUGGGGAAAUGUUGCAUUCAACUCAAUUAAAACUUGGAUAUCCUCCAAGUAAGCCAUUGGUGCACUGCGAGGCUCAAAACUUUUACAGAAUUUACUGCUCUUUGGAAAAGAGUCACAAGGAAUUCUUUCCCACCAGUUACAUUGCAACCUAUAGGGAUCCGGAGAGCAACGUUUGGAAUUGCACGACACAAGUACCUAGUAAUAUUUGCCAAAUAGACAAUCCUGAAUUAUUUUCACCCAUCCCAUAUGUAAUAAAUAUAACGGCUGUCAAUCCAGUUGGCCACAGGACCACACUGUUAGAAAUUUUAACACCAGACAUUGUUCAGCCAGAUCCACCUUCGAAUGUAAAAGCUGAGCCUGUUUUUGGAUCUCCCAGAAGAAUAAAAGUCCAGUGGAACUAUCCAUUAUCAUGGAGUCAACAUUUUGAAUUAAAAUUCAUCAUGGAAUAUAAACUUCAGCAAAACAACUUCAUGUCUAGGCUGGAGACAAUCGAGAAAGAAGAAACUAUUACUGAUGCCAUCACUGCUCAACUGUAUGUGAUUCGUGUUAAAGCAAAGGAUUCUUUCGACUUUGGGAAGUGGAGUGACUGGAGUUCCGAAGUAUUUGUCACUACAUGGAGUGAAAUUAUCCCAACCACUAUCCCUGCAUUUACAAUGGACUACAUGGACUCUCACGGUCAACAAACAGUAUUUGCCUCUUCUCCAACAUCAAUAAUUUUAGAUCCUGAUGUGUUGGAUAAGGACGCUGUCAUAUUGAUCUCAAUUGCCAUCUUGGUUGGACUACUCACAAUAACGACCGUGUUUGUGUUAUGGGUCAGAAAGAAAAAUCAAGAAGCACAUGAGGCCAACGUUUUGAUGAAGAAGACACUACCAUAUUUUUAAUGAAUUUGGCUAUAUUAUCAUAGCCUAAUGUCACAAAUUGUUUGAUGCGGUUUGGUUUCUGCCGGUAAGUUUGGUUUUUGAAAAGCAGAAUUUAAACACGAUGAACUCAACAACCAAAAAACAUCUGCUUGUUAUCAGAAGAAAAAUGUUGGCAGCUUCCGAAGACUAACAAAGGAUAACUAUCGGAAAGAAUGUGGCGAGCCUUCAGAUCGGCAUCAUGUCGCAAAAUGUCCGCAGUGUACAGAAGAAAAAAUCAUUCUUAAUUUUAACUAUCUCCGUUACCUGCAACCACAAGAUACCGUACAAGUGUUGCAGCAGGAAGUUGGAGCUAAGUGCUAAGGAAAUAGUGAUUAUUACGUGUAAAAGUCUGAGCCAGUUUUGGUCUUUGCUUACUUUAAAGCUCUUGACCAUUUGAGUAUAGAAUCACAUCUGUAAAGUAUUUUCUGUGACUUUUUAAUUGCGAAGGAGAAAUGCUCUGUUGCACAGGUGUUGAUGUACAUCGAAGGGAAAAGACAUAAGAUGCGGAUUGUGUACAUCGCUGCUUUUUGCCUGUGCAGCCUUGCUCAUUUCUGUAGAGCAUAAACUAUACAUAAAAUUAACCAUUAGAGUGCUGUUAGUUUAAUAUUUUUGCACAAAUUGUGCUUGAAAUCAAACAUUUUAGAUAAAAGCCACAAAAAUUAAAGGUGGCUUAAUGAUUCGGGUUCCUAACUUUUCUGUUCUUUAUUAUUGAAAUGUCAAAUUGCAUCAAUUUAAUUGUGGCUGCUGCUCUUCAAUCAAAAUAAUACCUUGCCAAACCAUGGUAAUGAUUUAGUAAGACAUUUAAAUGCCUAUUUAAUGGAGAUAUUUCAAAAUUGGUUCAAUUUCUGUACAAAUUUAUUUCACAUGCUCAUCACGUAAAGACACAUACAAGCUGUACAAAGUUUGAGCAAAAUGCUUUCUUGAUAAAUGUGUUUAACUGUAAUUUUCCUGAUACAGUCAAAUUUGCAUAGUCAUCCAGGUUGAAAAGCACGUUUAAAAAUUGGCUUUUUAAAGCUUUUUUAAAACUAGUGAAUCCACCAAAACAAGAGUACUUUCAUUAAACGAAAAUGUGCCAUCUGAAAAACAUUGUAAAAUAAUUGUUAUCCUUCAGUAAAAUUGCCAGUAUUGCAAAAUAUGAAAUAUCAUGUUUUCUAUGUAUAAUUUCAAUAUUAUUGAUUUCUCGCCAAUAUUUUUUGUGGAAAUUUAUGCUUUUUAAUACAAAUCUAGAAAUUACUAUUGAAGGUCUUGGAGAUAUUAAAACUGUUUGCAACAUCAGUUUUUAAGUUGUGAAUGAGCCAAACAAUGAGAUCUGCCAUUAUAUCUAUAUUGUAGCAAAAUUGCUUGAUGGGCAGAAUCAAAUAAAAACCCGAGGGCAAGCCGCAAUGAAGGAAUAGGUCAGAUGUUCAAAACCUUGGUCUAAACUAUGGGAUUUAUGAAGGUCAGAGGAAGAAAUGGAAACAGAAGGAAAUUCAGAUUGUGGGGCCUUGGCAGAUGAAGACUGGUGGUGAGAAUAUUUAAUCAUUUUAAGUUUAUGGGAAGUUGAGCAAGAAAAAUCAGAUGUUCAUUGGAAAAGUUGAGAGGUAUCAAAGGAUGAUGGAGACCAAAAAUGGUGGUUUCAUCUCCUGUCUUUAAUAGGAGGAAUGUGUGCUGAUCCAGCACAUUGAAAGGCAGUCUGACAAUUUAGAGACAGUGAAUGGCACAAGAAAGGCAGUUUUUUUUCCCCCCCCUCCCAGUAGGUAGCCCUCAAUGCACGUUAUAUAAUUGUUAACCACAAAUUAGCAUUGCCGUAUAAAUGAGUUUUAAAAAAAUCAGUUGCUAAGCAGUUGGUGCAAGGAGAAAAGGCACUUGUCUAAGUAUGGUCUACUUUCUGUUGUGAAGCAACUAGUGCAUCUUGGAUGGGGAAAAAUUACACUUAUACUGGCCAACAUCUGUCAAUUAUUUGUCAUAGAUUUGGCUGCAUUAAUUGCAAGAUCAUAACUGUCAAGUGAGUCGCUAUGAAACUCUUCUACUAACCAACCAGUCGGCUUGCUUCUACCAGAAGAAUAUCUCAAUAGACAAUAGGUGCAUGAGUAGGCCGUUUGGCCCUUAGAGCCAGCACCCCCAUUCACUGUGAUCAUGGCUGAUCAUCCACAUUCAGUACCCCGUUCCUGCCUUCUCACCAUAUCCUGACUCUGAGAUUUAUCCAACUCUCUCUUGAAAGCAUCCAGAGAAUUGGCCUCCACUGCCUCACUGAUCUCAUGAAUGGUUAGGUUUGAAAACGUUAGCAUCAAGGACUAAAUUGAUAAACUAAGUUGCUAAUAUUUCAUUUAUGCCAUACAGAUAUUGUCAUUCUGAGCAGAGAAGAGGCCAAUUGAGCAAUGUGCUUUGACUGUUUUCUAGAAGUUAUCCACAAUCAUAUUCCUUUUGAAGAAUCUGUAAUUCUAGAUUGCUUUAUUGUUGAACAUUUGCUAUUGAUAAAAAAUAUAGCUGAAACUCAGGAUAAGGUAAUCGCCAUUUGAGGAGAUGAUAUUAAAGUCAAAGUAAUGGUGAUUUGAACAGGUGUUUAUCAAAACUUUUGACAGUUAAAAAAAAUACACUGUUAUUGCACUUGAGAGAAUGUAAUACUGGAUAUAGCCUAUAACUGUAGAUGCAUGGGGGCCAGUGAUUUCUCAAAAUUGUCUUGCAUCAUUUUGUUACAAUUGAUCAGCAAUGCAAGGAGUCAGUUGCCUCUGCUGCAGAUGCAUAAAAUCAUUUAUGCUAAAUUCUGAAUAUUAUUUGUAGUUCCAAUUGAAGAAUGUGGAGGCUUUGGAACCAGUACAGAAGAGGUUCACCAGCACACUGCCUGGAUUAAAGAGGAUUAAUUAUAAGGGAAAUUUGCUUGGAAUGUUUUCUCUGGAUUUUUAGAGGCCGAGGGGCAACCUGAUUGCAGUCUAUAAUUACUAGAGGCAUAGAUAGGAUAUGAUCGGUCUUUUUCCCGGGGUAGAAAUGUCAAAUAUUAGAGGACAUGGUUUAAGUGAGAGGCGAAAAUUAAAGGACGUUUUUUUUUUAAUGCAGGGUGCCUGUAAAAUACUGCAAGGGGAGGUGAUAGAAGCAAAUACAAUAACAUGCAAGAGGCAUUUAGACUGGCACUUGAACAGGCAGAUGUUGAUGGGAUAUGGAUCAUGGGCAGGCAGAUAGGAUGAGUUUAAGUUGGCAUUGUGGGUUGAAUGGCCUGUUCUGUAUGUGCUAUGCUUUAUAAUGUAUUUGAUACAUGCUUGAGACAUUUCUUGAUCGUAGGCUGGUAAACAUAGAUAUCUAUUUCAAUUGUGUAAGAAGGAACUGCAGAUGCUGGUUUAAACCGAAGGUAGACACAAAAUGCUGGAGUAACUCAGCAGGACAGGCAGCAUCUCUGGACAGAAGGAAUGGGUGACAUUUCAGGUUGAGACCCUUCUUCAGACUGGUUAGGGAUAAGGGAAACGAGAUAUAUAUAUGUGUGUAUAUAUAUAGAUGAUUAUGUCAAGGUAUGUCUAUUUUGAAGACGUUCUUCUCCAACGAAAAUUCAACAACAAUCUUUCAUUGUUCUUUAACUCUCUACAUCAUCGUCUAUAUCUCUUGUUUCCCUUAUCUUUAACCAGUCUGAAGAAGGGUCUCUACCCGAAACAUCACCAUUCCUUCGCUCCAGAGAUGCUGCCUGUCUCACUGAGUUAUUCCAGCAUUUUGUGACUAACUUCUAUCUAUUACAAUUAUUUAGCUGUCUAGAAGUUAUUAAUUUAGUCGUGAAGCUUGAAAGGGCAAAUGUGACAGAUUUGCAGCCAGAUGCUGAGCUGCAGUGCAGUUCAGAACAGAUUGUCUUUGUGAUUCAAUGCUGUUAAUCUCUGUUCUCUGAGAACCCUCUCCGUUCAUUCUUGUUUCAUAAUUGGCAACAGAAAUAUGCCAUACACUGACUACUUUGCACUCAGUAACUCUGAGGCCGGUCUUGGCAUCAAAUGUCAAUUUAAAAAAGCUGCCCUUUAUAUAAUGAAUCUGGAUCAAUAGUCUUUAUUUGUCAUUUGCAUCGGAUAUGAACUAGACCAGUUAAAUUCUAUCUUACGGAUCCAUUGGACUCAACAAUAACAAAAAUAAAUAUACAAUAAAUUAGUUAUUCAAAGUAAACUAAACCAUGAUAACCCAAAAGAAGUAAUAACAAUGCAUUUGGAUAACAGUAAAAGUAUUGGUCCAGGUUAGCAUGGAUUUAUGAAGGGGAAAUCCUGCUUGAGUAAUGUUCCAGAAUUUUUUGAGGAUGUGACAAGUAAAAUGGAUGAAGGAGAGCCAGUGGCUGUAGUGUAUCUGGACUUUCAGAAAGCCUUUGAUAAGGUCCCACACAAGACAUUAGUGGGCAAAAUUAAAGCAUAUGGUAUUGGGGGUAGGGUAUUGACAUGGAUAGAGAAUUGGUUGGCAGAUAGGAAACAGUAGUAAUAAACGGGUCCCUGUCAGAAUGGCAGGCAGUGGUGAGUGGAGUGCCGCAAGGCUCGGUGCUGGGGCUGCAACUAUUUACCAUAUAUAUUACUGAUUUAGAUGAUGGAAUUAAAAGUAACGCUUGAAAAUUUGCAGAUGAUGCAAAGCUGAGUGGCAGUGUGAACUGCAAAGAGGAUGCUAGGUGGUUGCAGGGUGAUUUGGACGGGUUGAGUGAGUGGGUAGAUGCAGUGCAAUGUAGAGAAAUGUGAGGUUAUCCAUUUUGGCGGCAAGAACAAGGAGGCAGAUUAUUAUAUCAAUGGUGUCAGAUUAGGAAAAAGGGAAGUGCAAUGAGACCUGGGUGACCUUGUACACCACUGAAAGUAAACAUGCAGGUACAGCAAGCAAUGAAGAAAGCUAAUGGCAUGUUGGCCUUCAUAACGAUAGGAUUUGAGCAUAGGAGUAAAGAGGUCCUUCUGCAGUUGUACAGGUCCCUGGUAAGACCACACCUGGAGUAUUGUGUGCAAUUCUGGUCUCCUAAUUUGAGGAAGGACAUUCGUGCUAUUGAGGGAGUGCAGCGUAGGUUCACGAGGGUAAUCCCCAGGAUGGCGGGACUGUCGUAUGAUGAAAGAUUGGAAAGACUGGACUUGUAUUAACUGGAAUAUAAAAGGAAGAAGGGAGAUCUUGUAGAAACAUAUAAAAUUAUAAAAGGACUGGACAAGCUAGAUGCAGGAAAAAUGGUCCCAAUGUUGGGGCAGUCCAGAAUCAGGGGCCACAGUCGAAGAAUAAAGGGGAGGCCAUUUAAAACUGGGUGAAAAUGUUUUUUCUCAUCUCAGAGUUGUGAAUUUAUAGAUUUCUCUGCCACAGAAGGCAGUGGAGGCCGAUUCACUGGAUGAAUUUAAAAGAGAGUUAGAUAGAGCUUUUGUGGCUAGCGGAAUUAAGGGAUAUGGGAGAAGGCAGGCACGGUUACUGAUUAUGGUUAAUCAGCCAUGAUCACAAUGAAUGACGGUGCUGGCUCGAAGGGCCAAAUGACCUGCACCUAUUUUCCAUGUUUCUAAAAUAGCAAAUUCCACAGAGUAGCUAACGUUAAAAUAUUAUCAGCCCAAUUUCAACUUGCAAUGCAGGCUUGACAAAAUUGAAUACAUUGCUUGACUUUGCUAUAUUUUUUGGCCAUUGCAAAAUAUUUUACAGAAUGCAAAUUUAUGCUCUUUCACAUAUUUAUGUCUUUCAAUAUAAACUUUAUUCAUAUAUGCAAGGAAUACAGAUAAGUGCUUGGCGUUCUUUAUAUUCCAUCUAUAUAUUCAUAUGGGUUAUUAGUUCUAUACAUUGUACCAAUGUGAACAUAUUCUGUAUACAAAGUGCCGCUGCCACCCAUGUACGCCCCUUUGAAUGAUACAACACAACUUGUGUUUGAGAUGCUUUUGCACAGGAGUCAGCCCUUUCAGUGUCUUGUCAGAGAAGGACAGACUGCAAUCAUUCUUCACAAAGACUCCACACAGGUUGCACUAAUCUUCAGUGCAUCCUCCCCAACACGUAUUUCUGUAGCUUGAAAUGUCUCGUACAAAUCUCAAAAGAACCUGUUCAAUGACAUUAAGACGUGUUUUAAAAAAAAAAAUAAUAAUAAUAAUUUAAAAGAAAAUCCAUUCAGAAUAAAAUAAGUUUUAAAUGCUUAUUUGACCCCCUAUUCCUAAUUGUGAGUAAAGAUUUAUCCAUCUUGGAACAUUCAUAACACUUUUCCUUCCUCAGGCAGGAAUGUACAUCUGAAUUGUAUUCAAUAUUUCAAAAUUCAUUCAUUGCCUUGUGAUCCUUACUGUCCAUUUGAUAUGGUAGAAACCUGUGAGUGUUGAGUACUUUAUUAAAUCACCAUAGAAUUUUAGGGGGAAAAGUUGAUGCCAAUUAAAAGGCAACUCCUGCAGCAUUUUAACAUUUAAUUAUUUUUUUUACAUUUGCAAGUUUAAUUUUCUGUUAGGAGCCUGGUCCCAGGCCAAUUGGGGCUGCUUUGGUUUCAGUGGUCAACCUGUUGUAACAAGUGAAAUGAAAUCCCUUGUCCCGGCACUAAAUCUUCAGGCACAUAUUUGUUUUUGUAAUCUGUUUAGCCACAUACCAGAUUGCACAUAUUUGAGGAAAUAAUCCAGACAUUUGGCAUGUUGAUAGAGAAUCAGAGUCGAACAUGACGAAAACGGGCCCUUUGGCCCAACUCGUCCAGGCCCCAUCUAAGCUACUCAUCUGCCAGCAUUUGACGCAUAUCCCUCCUAAACCUUUCCGAGCCAUGUACUGGUCCAAGUGCAUUUUAUAUGUUGAUUUUAUACCUGUUUCAACUGCCACCUCUGGCAGCUCAUUCCACAUACCCACCUUCCUCUGAGUGAAGCAGAUACAAUAAUACCAUGUAAGAGGCCUUUGGAUAGGCACUGUUCUCUGUUCUAUAAUUUUAGUCAUCUACACCAUGUAUUCUCCAAACAGGACCUCCUUGUCCACUCAUUAUAUUGUUGACCUCAACAUGAAGCAUUAGGACUCUAUCCCCUCCCUCUUUAAUUGUUAUGCCUAAUACUAUCAGAAUUAUUUUUAAAAAGUUACUACUUAAAACUAAUAUUAGGCUUGCUUUUACCCUUCAUUUGUACCUCCUUUUCUUGUAUGGACUUCACCAUUGAAAGGUUGUUACUGAAAAGCAACAAUCUAGGCAAGAAUGUCCAGAUGUAAAUAAGGAUGGACUUGGGAUAUUUAUCUUGGAACCAAUCAACCAAAAUAAUUGUAUUGUGUACAAAGCAUUCUGGAGCUUUCAGUGGAAAUCCCUAUUCCCUGAUCUUUUGUGCUACUUUUAAGAAAAACAGCACAAGGUAGUGCCAUCCCAAAAAAACUGGUUGAAUAAAUAUACUUUUCGGAGUUUCCACUUAUUGCACAGACCAAAGGUAGACAAAUAUGCUGGAGAAACUCAGCGGGUGCAGCAGCAUCUAUGGAGCGAAGGAAAUGGGCAACGUUUCGGGCCGAAACCCUUCAUUUAGGAAAGCUUGAAAAAUAACCUGGCUCCUCUGAACACAUGGGUACCAAUAACGAUGUUAAAGAUUUGAACUGAUUUGAUGCUCUGACAGUAAAUUCAUUCAUAUUCUCACAAAUUAAAACUGUAAUCCCAAUUUAUAGAUUGCCACUGUCACAAAUGUCAUGUUAAAGAUGCCGGAGUUAUUUUAACUUUUCUAAAAUGUGCAUUGAUCAAAAGUGAAAUGGUAUUGAUUUUGGGGAGAUUUUGCAUACAAAUAACUUGAGUGGAAAUUAGAGGAAAGUUCUGAAAACAAAGCUUUGUUGAUUAUGAAAAUCUUAAAGAUAUUGUUGCAUCCUCAAAGUAAAUACGCUGGACCAGUUUUAAUUAGCCAGCAAGCUUUGUUCCUCAUCUUUAUUUGUUUUACGAAAUACCAAUUGUGAAAAGGGGACAAAUCCGGAGAUACUUGCAUAUGAUGUCUUGAUGAGUUGAAGCAUUUUGACUCUCAUAGAUUUUAAUAAUGCAACAUUUCCCUGUGGAGAAUGAUUUUUUUUUAGAAAUUAUCAAUGCAGCAAAUAAAUAAUGUUUGUGGUAUGUAAUGGGUGAUGUAACUCAGUAAUUUUAAUGAGUUUCCAUGAAAUGUAAUGGAGGAUUAAUAAUUUGUUUGCGUUCAGCUGAAAGUUGACAAAUUGAUUGAAUGGAUCAAUGAUGGAUGAAGCAGAACUGUCACAUCUAUGUUUAGCAACUCAACCAACAUGUUGGAACAUCUGGCCUUGUAAAAUAAUCUGUCCAGAAAAGACUGCAUGGGUUCUGCCAUUUAUGAUAAUAUCAUAUACUCAAAUUUGGCACUAGACCCUAGUUUAAUGUGGGCAAUAUUGUAUUUGCCACUUCAGUAUUAUAUUUAAUAGCCAACCAAACUAUCUUUUGGAAGGAACAUUGUUUAUUUUUGAUAGUUUGGCAAUUGUCCUAUUAUAUCGGUAAAGAAAAGUAGCAAAAGAUAAUCAAAUACCAGGGAUUUCAACUAUUUGAGAAAUUACAGCUAAAUUACAGCUGAGAAUAAAAAAUGCCAGCAUUGUAUUUUUUUUGAAUCAUUUUGUAAGUGGGCGAAAUACUACUUUUAAAUAUUGGUGAGUAAAUUAGAAUUUGAUUUUAUUUAGAAGCAUCAGUUCUCUAGUUACCUUUUAUUUUUUACUUGUAAAUUAACGUAGCAGCAAAGUAAUGGCAAGUUGUGGAUGUUGUGUGUUCUCUUGUGAAUGAGAACAAUUAAUGUUAGUGGUAAAAUAUAUGAAUGGACCUUUCAAUACUUGUACAUCAGUAUUAUUCGAUAUUUUCUGUUGUAUCCAAAAUAUUUUUAAUAAGUUAUGUUUUAUUGGUUCCAAAGAUCUAUUUUCAGUACAUCAAAUGUGAUUUUUAAUGAACAAAGCUAUGUAUUUUUUUUAGCAUCUGUUCUGAGAAAAAGCUUUUGACAAUUUUUUCAUUCUAGAAAAUUUGACUGGUUGAAUUGCAUUUGCAAUUUUUUAUGAAAAUUGCCAGUAUCUUGCUCAUGAAUACACUUUUUUUUUGUCACAGUAAUUUGAAUUUUCUUAUAUUUACUAGUCUUUUCAAAAUAAACAAGUUAUAACAUUG